AGCUCUUCUGACAUGGGCAACACGUUUCAGAUGAAAUUGACCAACACUGAAUUCAUAAAAAUUGUUCGUUCGACUGAAAUCAGACAUAUACGAGAAUUGUCCUUAGCCAUUACGAGCAUUAAAAUCAGCUUAAAAUCUUUCAGCCGUGAGAAGGAUUUGUCUACAUCUCAUUACGGAAUUUACAUCAUGUGUGGUGAGUAUGUUUUGUUUUUUUUUAAGGAAAACAAUUGAGUUUAUACUGUCGAUAUUCUUUCUGAUACAGAGAAGAUUUUACUAGGUUUAUGAUAAAUACUUAAGGCUUAAGUCUGAAUCGUCAUGUGUAGAGUAUCCUGUACAGCCAGCUCCAUUCUAUAAGUACUGUUCAAUUUCUUUACAGGCAUAUUUGCAUAUAUAAACUUCUGCGUUCCUCGAAAACGUCAAUACAUUCUGGAACUCUUGAUCAGUGGUCUUCAGCGACUCGAGUAUCGAGGCUACGACUCUGCAGGUUUGUGCUUUAUAUUAGUCGUAAAAUGGUUUUCUCUACAUUUUAUAAACUGAAGGACUAACUGAUUUUAAACAUUUCAGGGGUGGCCUACGAUGGAGUUGGAGAAAUGAGGUAACUCUUGCAUCAGUUUUAGAAUUUCCCGCUUCAGUUGUGUAUUGCGAAAAUUUCUUGCAAUGAUUGGAUUGUUGUGGUGGCAACCGUUAGUAAAGCACUCGGAGGUACGGAUUCUGUACGAUCAAGCUUAACUAAAUCGAGCAAAUUUCUGUCUACUGAAAGAGGUUGAGUUAAGUCUACGAACAGACAGUUUUGCUACCCUCAGGUACUUUGCAACUGUUGAAGAAUUAAACUGUACUUUGCAGUACAAAUUUCCCUUCAUGUUUAUUCAUGACCACGGGAUUGCCAACGUGGAUCUCUUCGUCCGAUCAAAGACGAUUGCACUCCUUUUACUAGUAAUUCGAAGUUUCAUUGUGCGAGUUUGUCCAUUUAGUCUAUCUUUUCCGUGAAUUUUAGGAAGUCACCUGAACGUCCUCUAUAUUAAAUUACUUCUUUAAAGUUAUUAAUAGUUGUGACGUGGAUAUUCAAUACAAGAAUCUCUAAAUCUUCAAGCGAAUGAUCCUGAACUGUUGAACUUUACAGCAUCUUAUAUCUAUUGCUGAUUGUUUUUAGAUUGAUUGUAUUUUUGCGCAUCAUAAUGGUUUUUAUUGUGUUUUGAGAGCCAGAUGAAGGAGGUCUAUAAAUUUGAUUGAUUAAUUAUAUUGAGGGUUUCCUGCAACUGACAUCGGCUGAGAUUUUCUUGACUUGCAAUCAAGCUUGAGGGGUUAGAUGUUUGAUGCCUCUUUUGUUCAUGGGAGGCAGUAGUUUUUUAAAAUAAAUUGAUUUCAUGAUUUGAGUUCAGAGGUCAAAGUAACAUUUCUGUAUAGCCCCACAAUUCACUGUGGAGAAAGAAAAAGAAUGGUGAAAACAAUAAAUUGCCUUUGAGACUACUGAUCUAUUUUACAACAGUAUGAGGUUGUGCGGACGUCUUACUGAGGUCAAUGUUGUUAUUGGUGUGGCUGUUGAAAACUGCUCUUUUUGAUUAAAUAAUUGUGAGACUAUCACACAUUAACCCAUAAAUAACAAAUGUUGACCUAUGCUGAAAUGUCUAGAACAGCUCUCUUCUAAAAUUUCUAAGUCAACAUUCUCUUCUGCAGUCCAGCAAUGAUUUAUUUCAUUACUUACUGCCAGAAGCAAAGUCGUGCAGUUCUGAGUGAAAUCGUCAAAAACAUUGUUGAAUUCCUUAACCAAGGGAAGCAACAUUCUGUGUGAUUCUUUUUCUGAUUAUUAUAAGGUUAAAAUGAAAAAAAAGGAAAGAAGAAGAGAAAAGAAAAUCUUUCUCAGCUUAAAAAUUAGCUAAGUAUAUGCUCUCUAAGAUGCCAAUUAGUAAGUAAACUUUGGUUAAUUGUUGACGAGAUCUUUGCAUUCAGCAAAAUAGAAAGAAGAAUUUAAGCCUGUCAUUAAACUUCUUACCAUAUUUCUUACUUAUAGGAUUGUGAAGAAGAGAGGGAAAGUUGCUGCACUUCAGCAAGAAAUCCAAGGUACUGCAUUUUAAAAGAUUCAGUGGCAAAAUGUGCUUAUUAACCCUUAAUACCCUAAGAUUGGCAUGCACUUUCUCCACUCUGUUCUAUGUAUAUUUUUAAUGCUACAAGAGCUUUUAUGGUCAGCAAUCAUUUCCUUUAUUCCCAUGAUCAUAAUGAUUUUUAUUCAAUGGUGACUGAAUACUGUAAGGAGAAGUUGGAUACUUGUCAUUCAUUGGGCUUAACCCUUUAACUCCCAAGAUCUCAUUUGUAAUUCUCCUUACUGUCUGCUAUACAGUUCUCAUGAUGUUCGUUCGGAGAAUUUGGUAUUGGAUUAACUUAUAAUCCCCUAACUGAUAUUUAUCUUUAUUCUCAUCACUUUUCUGCAGAUAUUGUAUUGAUAUUGUAAGGAGAAAUUCUGUCUUGGUCUUUAAUGGGAGUUAAAGGGUUAAGGAGUGAAAGGUUGGAUAGUAAGUUCACCUGAGCCAAAGUCAUCAUUUAGAGUCGAGCUACUGAGGAUUUUGUUAAAUUUAAGAGUGAAUUGAUUUUUCAUAAUAAUUUACAGUAAGUUGUUGUUCUUCUUAGUUCAGAGUGACUUUAGCUUGGAUGAGGAGCUCCCAAAGCAUUGUGGAAUUGCUCACACCCGUUGGGCCACUCAUGGUGAACCAAGUGGUGUGAACAGUCAUCCUCAAAGAUCAGACCCAUCCAAUGGUGAGCCAUAUCAUGUGAUUCACUCAUUCAUUCAUGCUAUGUGCCAUAUUGGUACUUAAUUUUUUUAGGUACCCAAUUUCCCAAGUUUGGCUAUAGAGUAUUCCAUGGUGUUUUGUUUUUGGCAGUUCAAUACAUAGGCAAUUAUGAAAAAAAAAAAGGCAUUGAAUUUUGCUGUUCAAGCACUCUAAACUUCAUUGUAUUUUUGGAAUAUUCUGAACCUCUUAACCCUUUCACUCCCAAGAUUUUAUCAGUAGCUCUCUUUACUAUCUGCCAUACAAUUCUUAUGAUGCUAGUUUGGAGAAUUUGGCAUUGGAUCAACUAAAAAUCCUAUAACUGCUAUUUUUCUUUAUUCUCAUAACUUGUCUGCUUAAUAGUGCAUUGACAAUUUGUAAGGAAAAUUCUCUAUUGGUCAUUCAUGAACAUAAGGGUUAAAAUUCUAAUAUAAACUGGAACAAGCAAAACACAUAAAGGGAAUAGGUGCUGAAUAAUUACCAACAUUUACAACCUGAUGCAAUCCAACUUCAGUAUAAAAUUGAAAUCCUUAAAUAAUGUUGUUGAUCUGGUUUCACAUUGUAAUCAUUUUUCUUUUUCAACAUUUGUUGUUUUCUCUUUUUUUAUAGAAUUUGUGGCAGUUCAUAAUGGCAUUAUAACCAACUACAAAGAUAUCAAAAAGUUUUUGGUAAGGGCUAGUCUGAACUAAAUAAUGAAAAAAAAUGCAUUGAUAAUUUAUGGUCUAGUGAUUGUCUCUUCUAGAUACCAUAAAUUUUUUAAAAUAUAUUUACUUAAGAGGAUUUAGAGUUUUCCUGUCUGGUGGUCUUUUUUUUUCUGAAAGUGAGUAUUGAUCACUUUUUUGUUGAAUGUUCAGCCAAAUGUUGUGAUCUGUUUUUAAAACCACUCAUGUUUAUUAGCAUUUGACUAACAAGUUCUCCUCCCUUGUUUUUGAUAUAAUGACUCUAUUCACUAACAUGAUUGACAUGCCCUCUCUCCAAACCCUCAAAUAUAUCCGAUGUGUAUGCAAGUUGUGCAUUUUGUAUAUGUGGUUAGGAUGGAUCAAUUUUUUUGACUGGUUUCUUUUUUUUUUUUCUUUUAUCAGGAGAGCAAAGGAUUCCGCUUUGAAUCUGAAACGGACACUGAAGUGAUACCAAAGCUUGUCAAGUAUUUCUAUGACAAAACGGUAAAUUGGCCUAUGAAGAGUUAACACCAUCAGUGCUGUUGUGUUCCUCCUUUAUGUAGUUCAUCCAUUUUAAUUGGAUUCUAAUUGUCCUUGAUUAUAAUUGAACAAAUUUCCAAACCUCCAGAUUGUGUGAAUUAUCCCAGCCCUUGCAAAGUUUAAUUCUCUUUUAAUUCUUCUUCUGUUUAAUUCUUUCGGAGGAGAAUCUGGGCAGCCAUCUGCCUCAUUACUUUGGGAUCCCAAUCUCCAUGGAUUUCUGACAAAUAAGUUUAACACUAUUAAAAUUAUUGCAAUAAAUGUAUUAAAAGGGUAGUUUGAUUUUAUUUUCUGUACAGAAGAAAGAAGGACAGGAACUAGAAUUUAGAGAACUUGUAGAGAUGACCAUACAACAAUUGGUAAGUUGAUUCUUUUGCCUCUCCCUUUUUUUUUCUCUCUCUGCUAUUUGCCUUUUAACCCUUUACACCUUAACAUCAGUAUCCAUAUUCUCCAUACUCUUCUCUAUGCAUUUCCUUUCGUACUGACAAGGAGAAUUUGUUAAGCAAUCAGAGCUUCUUUAGUUGGCGAUCAUUUCCUUUAUUCCUGGGAUCUUAAUGACUGAUUCUGUUGCAAAGGCAUAAAUGAACUCCAGAAUGACGACACAAUGAUUUAUUAAAAAAUAAUAACAGAAAGAUAUUAUGGUGAGACACAAUCAAAACACUCAAAGAUGCCCAGCAAAUCCUAAAAUCCCAACAACAGACACAGUGCAAACUGCAUGAUUUUUAUCCGUAAAAUCACUCAACAGCUGUUACUCUUUGUCUCACAAAAAAGGCAUAAUGCAAGGUAAUGUCACGCAAAGUCACACUCUUCUCAACAGAUUCAGCCAUAUUAAUGUAAGAAGAAAUUAGGUGCUGGUCACUCUGAGGGUUUAAAGGGUUAAACUGAUCUAUAACAAGACACAAACUACAAUCCUCAUGAAAACUGUUGAAACAAUUUAAUUUGCUAUGUUACAUUCCCUUUAUCAAGGUUAUUAAUAGUUCAUGUUUGUAUCCUCAGGAGGGAGCCUUUGCACUUGCUUUUAAAAGCUCAAAGUUUCCAGGCGAAAUUGUGGCCACCAGGUUUGUGUCAAACAUUUAGAAUAGGGAACUAAAUUUCUCACUAUCUGGAGUUUUUGUCUUUGUGAUAAAGAAAUAUAGAUGGAAAAUAAAAGUUCUACUGUACCAAUAGACAAAUAUCAAAGAGGAAAGAUGAACCAAACAGACAUAGAGUGAUAAACAAUUGUGAAACAAAAGGUGGCUGAUAUUGAACCAUUGAUCAGGAAUUAAUUGAAAUAGAAGCAGGUUUUGAGGUGUUGUCUUCAAAGUUCUCUCUAAUUGCACCAUGGCUGCUAUGGGAUGGUAUAUUUUUCAAAGUAUCUAGUGAAAUACUUAAAUGACACAAAUUUUUCUUUUCCUCUCCUUCUAUCUGAUUCACAAGUCUGUUUAUAACCUGUGUGCAUUGAAAUACUUCCAGUUAAUAAAAACAAGCAAAAUUUAAUUUACAUAUUGGGAAUUAGAUCCUGCUAAAUACUUUAAGUUUAACAAACUUCUAACUGCCAUUGAUAUAAGUUUAUUAAUUUUAUGUUAGUUUAUCAGUAAUAAAUCAUGAUGGUGGUGUAACUUUUUUUCUGUCACAAUUGUGUUGGUAGGCGUGGCAGUCCACUGCUUGUGGGGAUCAAGAGUGAAUUCCCACUAAAGACAGACAGGUUACCUAUUGUGUACAGUUCAGGUAAAUAUGAAUCAUUUAGUACAAUACAGUGAAAGCUUUGUUAUCCGAAAAAGGAAGAAAGCACCUAGUAAGCUAUUGGCAAAGAAACAGGGUUCAUAUCAAGUCUGGAGAGGUGUUCCUAUAAAGAAAUUAAAAUCUUGAAAUUUUUUAUUUUAUUGGUGUGCCUGGAAAAGGUAUCCAGAGUAGUGAGAAAUGCAACUUAAUAGAUAUAAAUAGAAAAUGAGGUAUCUCCAUUUCAAGUGCUAAUUGUAAUCAAUUUUUUGAAUGAGGCAUGCACGCGGUUUCUCUUUUUCUCACACAUAUAUUAGGUGAUACACAUGAUGAGGCUGGGGCAACAGACUCGGCUGUUAAUGGUUUUGGUUGGUCGAGUUUGGCAACGAACAAAGACAGUCCAAUUGAAAUUUACUUUGCCUCUGAUGCAAGGUUUGUAUAAUGGCAUCAAUUAAAGAGAGUCACUAUAGCAGGACUUAUGUUGCUUUGUACACCAACUCUGCUGUUGUUCAAUAUUGCAUGUCCAUUGAAUCAAUAGAUUAUCUAAUUAAAACACAUUAGCCAAAGACAUGUAUAAAUUGUACAUUCAGUUUCACCAGGUAGAGUGUGGCAAUACUUUGCUUAACUCCUUCCCCCUGUUUCAUUACAUACCAUUAAUCAGGGGACAUUGAAAAUCAGUUGAAGCAAUGAUCUAGAAGUGAAGAUAAAACUGAAUUUGUACCCAAAAUAUACAAGGUAUAAAUUUUCUGGAUUAUUAAUGAAAGUAUUUAAUCCUCAGUGCUGUUAUUGAGCAUACUAACAGAGUGAUCUACUUGGAAGAUGAUGAUGUUGCUGCAGUUUGUAAUGGAAGUAAGUAUUAAUUGACUUGAAACUUCACUUUUUUUCAUUUAUUUUAAUGAGCACCAUAUACUGACAGAGUAAAUUUUCAUAAAUUGUCAAUUUUUUCACUGCGCUGAUUAUUAAAUAGAAAAUUUAUUGAGCAAAGGCCAAUUUUCUUAAAAUGCAUUAAGUGAAUUACCUGACUGUGUGAUUAGUUGGAAAGUUAAAACAGAAUUUUUUCCUUAACACCCAUUGUUGCUACCAAAUGAACUUAGGUGCAGGCAGUUGCCGAGCUAGGAAGCCUUUACACUGCAAGAUUGAUCCAUAGAUAUUGAAAUAUCAUGAUCAUGGUUUUUGUAUUGUGUGCAGAUCUUUCAAUCCAUCGUAUAAAGCGUGGAGAUGCAUCAGAAGAGAAUUAUUUCAGAGAAGUUCAGACACUUCAAAUGGAGUUGCAACAGAUCAUGAAAGGUAAAUGUGCAGCUUGUUAACAGCUCUUUUAUAGAAUGAUGUAUGUCACUUGAGAAAUGUUGCAAAUUAUUGCAUUAAUGAAUUUAAAAAAGGUUUUAGUAGUGUUGGGAAGAUGGCAAGUUAUGUAUUUGUAGAUGGUACAGACUUUUCCUUCGUUAAGUGCUAAAUAUGCAAGAGUAGAGCUCUGUUAUCAUUCAUGUUCAGGUAUAACAGCAUCCCCUUCCCCUUCCCUCCCCUCUCCUGGAUCCUCUUUACUGGCUCCUCUCAAUGAAGAAGAAGCAGUUUUUCAAUAGCUGACUAUUAACAAAUCAACUUUGCCUACCCUUAGAUAAUGCCAGCCUUCACCCCUACUGGAAAUUCCUGCCUAGUAAAUCAACAUCAUCUAGAUCAAGUUGGAUAAGAGCUGAUGUUCAGCUUAACCCGAAUUAAAUGAAAACAACAAUUCACUCCAGUGAUUGUAACUGUUUUUCUAGUUCAAAAGUUUGAAACCCAUUGAUGGGGCUCAUGGAUCUUUUCAUGUCAGCAUGGAGGUCCUAAUGAAUGUUUAAUUGGUGAUAUUGAACUACAGCUGGAUUUGACUUUCCUUUAGGAAAUUACAGUUCCUUUAUGCAGAAAGAGAUUUUUGAACAGCCAGAAAGUGUUGUGAAUACAAUGAGAGGAAGAGUCAAUUUGGAAUCAGGAAGUGGUGAGGACAUUUGGGAGGAACCUUGAGUAAUGAUAUCCAUUUAGGAGAUAAACUUAUAAACUUAUAAUUGCGUUAUGAACCAAGCUAGAGACUGGAAAGUGGUUAUGAGCAAUUUCCCCCAAAAAAGAACAAGACCUGCAGGAAGCCAUUCUGACUAAACAGGCUUGGUUAAUAAAGGAUUUGUGAUCAGCAAUAAUCUUUUAAGAUAGAUUUUCACUCAACAUUUGUGGAAGUUUUAUUGUUCUCAUUUAUGACCCUGCCCUCUGAGUUCCUCAGAGCAUUCAAUCCUAAAACUACAUAUAAAUAAAACUUGUGUACAGUUAUUAGCCCUUCACUUCCUUACUUCAAUGUGCAUGUUCUCUAUACAUUUCCUAAGGUGCGGACAAGGGGGAUUUGUUUAAAAAUCAAAGAUUCCUAGGUUGGCAAUCAUUUCCUUUAUUCUGGUGACAUUUAUGUGUAGUUAAGGGGUGAUUUUGUAAGGGGAUGAUAUUGUAAGGGGUGACAAUGGUGAAGGGUGAUAAAUGUAAGGAGAAAUUUGAUGAUAGUCGCUCUUAGUGGUCAAACAGUAAGAAGACAGGCCAAUGUGCAUUGCUUGAAAUGUGCCGAAUCUGUUGUUGCAUCAUAGUUCAUGAAUUAAAAAGUACAGGAGACUAUAUGUAAAAGUUGGAAUUAUUUCAUCUCAAUGGAAUUUUUUUUUAAUACUGCUGUUUAAAUUUUACAUUUUCUUUAAAUUUGGCAGUAAGACUUGGUGGCCUGAUGUCUCAUAUUGAUACAAUUCGUCGAUGCAGAAGAAUAUUGAUGAUUGCUUGUGGCACAAGCUAUCACAGUGCUUUAGCAGUAAGUACAACAACUAUCCUCGAUUUUUAUUAACUUAAUAAAAGAUAGCCCACAGUACUGCCCUCUUUUACGGUUCGAAUUUCUCCCAAAUAGUGAGUCAAAAACUCCAGCUCGUUGUUUUUUUCAUCUGCAGACAAGACAGUUGCUGGAAGAACUCACAGAACUUCCUGUAGUUGUUGAGCUGGCCAGUGAUUUCCUGGAUAGAUCAACACCAAUAUUUAGAGAUGAUGUGUGUUUCUUUAUUAGUCAGUCAGGUAAACUUUCAUUUUAAUUGAUAAUGAAAUAAAUCACGAUUUGAUACACUGUGAUAUUUUUUUCCCAACCUUGGGAUUAGAUGUUAGAUCUUUGCACAGGCAUGAUUGUGUUGAUGCUUUUGGGUAGAAAAUGGCCAAUCACUUCUCAACUUGGUCAGAGAGAGACUCAUUGCAUUACACAUUUUUGUUAAUAAAUUAUUCUGUGUAGGAGAGACAGCUGACACUCUAAAUGCUUUGCGGUACUGUAAGGAGAGAGGAGCACUCAUUGUGGGAAUCACCAAUACAGGUAUCAAAAACCAGCAAUGUGUACAACAUUGAUUACAGAAUAAUUAUUAUAAUACUUAUUAUUAAUAAUAACAUUGAAAUGUACAUUUGUACUUCUAAUUACUGGUAGUUAUACUGUUGAAUUGUUUGAUUGUUUCUUGUCUCAUCUCUUAUUUUUCCCCUUCUAUUUCUUUACUUAUUUUACUGAGAUUUGUUUGCUGCAAAAGAGUAGCAUUUGUUGAUGGAAAUAAUAGUGUUCACCUUUUUUGACAAAUCUUUUGUAUUCCCUGUUUAAGAGACCUUCAUCAUGCUCAUGUUGAUAACUACAGUAACAGUAACAGUAACAGUAAUGUGUUGCAAAUAAAAAAAAAAUAGAUUGCUAAUUUUUAGUUUAGAUAUUGUAAGUUGUUACUAACACAGUAUCAAAACAUUUGAUCACCAUUAUUUUAUUGUUUUUUGUGUCUGUUUUUGUUUAUUUUCAGUGGGAAGCUCAAUCUCUAGAGAAAGUAUGUGUGGAUGUCACAUCAAUGCUGGUCCAGAAAUUGGUGUUGCAAGUACAAAGGUGCUUUAAAUGUAGCAAAAUUUGUUUAUAUCACUUAAAACUAAUUUCAUAGCAAGUGCUGUCCAGCUAAAAUGAAACAUUUUAUUUGGCAAGUUAUAAGGAGGGAAAAUAUAAUUUCUCUUCUUUGUAAUAUGUCACCGAACUAUUAAAAGCCAUGACUGGGCUGGGUUUUUUUUUCCUUCAUUUGUUAACUUUUGGUAAGUGUGACCAUAUUUUGGUAUUGUGUAGGCUUACACAAGUCAGUUCCUUGCUUUGACCAUGUUUGCCCUGAUGAUGUCUGAAGAUAGAAUUUCCAUGCAACAGCGGCGUCAGGAAAUAAUUGAAGGGAUGAAGAAAUUACCAGGUAAAUUUGCAGUUUAUGAAACAAGAUUUUACAUAUCACAUAGCAAAGUAGUCACUACUCAAGCUAAGAGGUCCACCUAGUCAGUUUCCUCAGCAUGAAGCAACCAGGAGUAUCACUACAAGCCCCUGGAUGGGAUACCAGUCCAUCGCCAAGUUACCUCUCAGCAUUUCAUCACCCUUCCUUGACUAUUUAGCAGUAGCCAUUUAUACAUACUCCUGGGUGGAGAGAGGCUCUGUAACCCUUUAAGCCCUAAAAGUGACCAGCAUCUAUUUUCUCCUUUCAGUAUCACCCCUGAACCAAACAUUAAGGUCACAAGAAUAAAGGAAGCGAUAAUCAACUGGAGAAACUCUUGAUUGUUAAACAAAUUCUCCUUGCCAGCACGUUAGGAAAUGUAUAGAGACCAGUAUGGAGAAUAUGCAUACUGAUGAUAGGGUGUAAAGGGUUAAAGUGUUUUGCCUGAGAAUGCAACACAUUGAUCAGGCCAGGUCUUGAUCAAGACCAGUCUCAACUUGGAGUCUAGCACACCACCCAUUGUGCCACCACAUGACCCACACAUAAAACAUAAGAAACUUGAAAUACCCAUCAAAAACUUCUUUGCAGGACCCUGACUGAACACAACAGUUUAUUUAUAAAAUCCGGAUUUAAAAGUUAGUAUUUACAUGUGGAUUUAAGUAAUAACAUUAAUAAUUGUUACCUAACCAGUUCCUUUGCUUAACUCUCGCUGUUUUUAUUGUAAUUUUACCUAGAACUGAUUAAGGAGGUUCUAAAAUUAGAUGAAGAAAUCCAGUCCUUGGCACAAGAGAUGUAUCAGCAGAAGAGUCUCCUUGUUAUGGGCAGAGGGUUUCAAUUUGCGACUUGCCUGGAAGGAGCUCUGGUAGUGAACUUCAUUUGAAAUUGAUGCAGUUUUCUCAGUAACUAGGUUGCCCUGUGGUUUGAUUCAAGAGUUAUACCAUAUGUUUGAUCAGUUGGAGUCAUACUUAAUAUGCAGUUUACAUUGCUUUGAAUUUUUUUUUGGUGAAUGGAUGGUUUUUGGUUUUUACAAGGUGAAUCUGUACUGUGUGAACUAUUACAUGUAUCAAAAAAGAGACUGCUACAAAUUUCCUUACUUGUAAAAGCAUAGAAACAAUUCAGAAGUAGUUCUAGUUUUCUCUGUAUUAGGCACUCAGUAAAAGGCAAAAUUUACCUCAGGUUGGAGCACUUAUUUCCCCUUUCAGUUGCCUAGGAGUGACUGCAAUCUAACAAUUUCAAGCUGAAAGGUAACAAGAAAACCGAAAAAAUAUAAAAGGAGGAGAUCUUGUUUGAUUUGAUGCUAAAUUCUCUGAACUAAAUUAUACUAAAUGUAUGGCAAACAGUGUGGAGAACUGAGAUCUUGGAAUUGAAAGGGUUAACAGAUGACACUCUCAAUUUACCAGUUUGGAAAACUACUUUAAAUUCUAUCCUGCUCUAAGUCAAGGAGAACACUGGGUAGUAAUUUUCAGAAUACCCAUCAUUAUGAUAGUUUUAGUCAUUUUUAAGCUUUUUUUUGUCAGGCAUUAAAUCAAACUUUUACCUAAACUUCUUUUUUUUUCAAUUUUUAUUUCCAGAAAAUUAAAGAGUUGACAUACAUGCAUUCAGAAGGUAUCCUUGCUGGGGAACUCAAACAUGGUCCACUAGCUCUUGUGGAUAAGAACAUGCCUGUUAUUAUGUUGGUGUCAAGGGAUGCAGUAUUUGCGGUUUGUUUAGAAAAUUGUUUACUUUUUCACUUUAGUGUAGGCUCAACUAAAAAUGUAUAAAGCCUAACAAAAAAAGCAGUGAGACUUAAACAGAGUAGUUCCGAUAGCCGUAUAUUGGGUAUUCUUAGAGCUAUUCUUCAUUAAUUAUCAAUAAUAAUCAUCAAUUUUAACCUUUUUUAUUAAAGAGACUAGCACCCAUUUGAAGGGUAGCCAGGUUGUUUUUGAAUUAUUAUAAAAACCAUGGUGAUAUUUGUGCAUUAAUUAAGUGCAAUGAGUUAGAAGCUUCUGAUAAGUGUCUUUGAUUCCCUUUCCACCAAAACAUACUUGAGCCUCUUGGUAAUUUGUGGUAAUGAAAAAUAGUCGCUGAUUUGCAAUCUGUCUCACACUGAUUUUAAUUCUGCACUCUUCAUCCUCUUAAUUGUUUCAUAUUGUUUUUAAUAUCUAAUUUUCUCACCAUAAACUGAAGGUUUUUUUUUUUUUUUUUUUGCAUGUUUAAAAAUUGUUACCAAAAGUUUGUGUCCUAUGUAUGACUUUAUCUACAUGAUUUAAUUUUUUUUUACAGAAAUGCAUGAAUGCAUUACAGCAAGUGACAGCACGCCAGGUAAAAAGAACCUCAUCUUAAUUCUCUGCUUGUGCAUGAUGAUCUUUUGAUUUUGAAGAAGCCAAAACGUUUACAAAAUUUGUUUUUACAAGUCAAGUCCUGUUGACAGCUUUAUUGAGUAAACUGGCCAUUCACUCUAGGGGUGAACAAAGAGAAAUUUCUCACUGCAGCAUCAACACCUUUUCCAGAAAUUGGGUAACAAGAAUUUGAUUGAGGAGACAGAGAAAGGGAACAUUUUGGAAUGCGAAAAACAGGGAGGAUUGAUAUGAAGCUCCCAAGAUUCUAUUAGUUUGUAUCUAUCAAAAAUGUUUAAGGAUGUUUAUGACAGAGUUUUCACAAGUUAUAAAAAUUUGGAAUGCUCUAAAAUCAGUAAAAUUUAGCUCUGAAGAGGUUUUUCCACACCUAUCAAAAACUUUUUAUUUUAUUUUUUUAUGUUAUUUUUUUCAGGGGCGCCCCAUACUAAUUUGCAAUAAAGGUGAUGAAGAAGUAAAAGACCACGCCUUCCGCACUCUUGAGGUGCCCAGAACUGUUGACUGCCUUCAGGGAAUCUUGUCAGUCAUUCCACUGCAGUUGUUGUCUUUUCACAUUGCUGUGCUUCGUGGAUAUGAUGUGAGUGAAUGGCUAACAUUCAAGACAAGACCAAAUACAAACCACAACAUCAGCGAUUUAAUCCUCCCUGUAACUCUACAUCGUGAAUGACAAAAUUUGCGAAUUACUAGUAACAAUCGUUUAAGGUCACAUCUGAGGCAGUGAAUGCAUUUGAGGGCAACCAUUCUACACUGACAGUUUUUCUUUGGUCCCUCUAACUCUCACAAGUGAUCAAUUUUAAUAUUAAUUGUCUCCAUUGACUAUUUCAUUAUAUACAUGUAGUCAUGGAGAUGGACCUGAUAAUUUUACCAAAUCUUAAGAUAUAUUUAUUUAUUUUAAGACAGCAGCAUCAGCAGGCAAGACAUAGUAAAUCCUGUUUUUUGAUUGGUUAAACUUUCAGACUGCCUGAAUUGCCUAGCACAUACUUAUAAAUGUGGCUUAAAAACACUGUGAC